AUGCUGACUCGUCUCUUGAGCACGCUCACUCUCCUCGUCGGUUUCGGGGUUGCCGCCUCUCCGCCCUCGGUACCUACCGUGACCGUCAAGAAUGGCACGUACACUGGGCUUUCUCUGCCUUCUUUCAGGCAGGAGUUGUUCCUCGGCAUGCCGUACGCACAGCAGCCAGUGCCGCCUGGGCUCCGUCUUCGCGCACCGCUCUCGCUGAACGCGUCUUGGACUGGCACGCGCGACGCGUCCGCUUACAGCCCGAUCUGCGUCGGAUACGACGUGCCUGGUGCGGAAGACGAUGCGGGAUUUGAGCUGAGCGAGGCGUGUCUGACCAUCAACGUCGUCCGUCCUGAGGGUGUCGAGGAAGGUAGCGACGUCCCCGUCGUUGUCUGGGUGUAUGGAGGAGGCUUCGGUAACGGUGGAAGUGCCGACCAUCGAUACAACGGCACUUGGAUUGUGCAGCGUAGCGUGGAGAUGGGGCAGCCUAUCAUAAUCGUAAGUUUCAAUUAUCGUGCAACAGCUUUUGGGUUUUUGUGGUCCAAGGAGCUCGCCGCCGAGGGUGUCGGCAACCUUGGUCUACUCGACCAGCAUAUCGCCCUCAGAUGGGUCUACGAGAAUAUUCGAGCCUUCGGCGGCGACCCCUCCAAGGUCACCGUCAUGGGCGAGAGCGCCGGGUCUAUUAGUGUCUCUCUCCAGCUGCUCGCCUAUGGCGCGACUUCGACCGACCUCUUCCGCGCCGUCAUUCUCGAAUCUGGCACGCCCACCACGUGGAGCUAUCGCACCCCGGAGGACUACCAGCCCCAGUUUGACGCGAUCGUGAACGCGACGGGAUGCGCCGGCGAGGCGGACGUUGUGGCGUGUCUCCGCGCGGUUCCUCUCGAGGCCUACAUCGCGGCCACUAAUGUGACGAAUAUGCCGCCCUGGGGCCCGACCGUUGACGGAUCAUUCAUCACGGGUAGCGUGACUGCCGCCAUCCAGAGUGGCAAGUUCAUCAAGGUGCCGAUGCUACUUGGAGCUAAUCUGGACGAGGGUACGAGUUUCGGUCCCAGUGGACUCAACAGCGAAUCGGAUGUUGCCGUGGCCCUCGCAACGCGGUACAAGCACCUCACCAACGAUAGCAUCAGCACGAUCCUCGGACACUACCCCAACGACCCCUCUAUCGGCUGCCCGUACAACACCGGUGAUGGCGUCCUCUCCACAGGACUGCAGGAUAAGCGGGCACUCAGCAUAUGGGGCGACAUCUACAUGCAUGCCGGGCGCCGUCUCCUGUCCGAGACCGUGUCGUCGACUGCGGACGUCUAUUCUUACCACUUCGCGCAGGUGCCCGAGAAUGGGACGAUGGAGAUCGGCGCGACGCACUUCGAAGAGGUCGCGUACGUCUUCAGCAACCCGCUCCCGACUCAGAACCCGCUCUCGACCCGACCGGGCGACGCGGAACUCGCCAAGUUCAUGACAAGCUACUGGGUGUCGUUCAUACACAAGUUGGAUCCAAACCAGAAUGGCGUCGACGGCGCUCCGGUAUGGCCGAGCUACCGCGAUGCGAAGAAGAACAUGGUGUUUAAGCGCCAGGGAAGCUAUGUCGAGGACGAUAGUUACCGCGUCGAGGGGAUCGCGUUCUAUACGAUUGCCUUUCUACUGCUAGGUGCCGAGAUGGCCAUGUUUUGUAUCAUGGUCGCUCCUCUGCCCUACGGGAUCCGCAAGCGUCUGUUCCACUUCCUCGCGGAGUCCCCCCUCGUCGCCAAAGUCGCGUAUGGAAUAAAGAUCGCCUUCAUAUCUAUCCUGGUGCUGUUUGUGGAUGCGGUGCAGAGAAUGUUUAGGAUCACUGCGGAGGCCGAGGCCGCGAAGUCGAAUAACAGCGCUGUCCUACAGAACGUCCAGACCGAAACCAACUUUGCCGCUCGCAAAUUCUACGCGCAACGGAACGUCUACCUAACCGGUUUCACGCUCUUCCUCUCGCUCGUCCUCACGCGCACGUUCUACAUCAUCCUCGACCUCAUCCACGCGCAGGAGGAGUACGCCAAGCUCAAGAACGCCACCGCCUCCCAGAGCCGGGACAAGCUCGCCAACGGGGACCAGACGAAGCAGAUCGAGGACCUGAAGGCCAAGUUGGCGCAGCAGGCGGCGGAGUACGACAAGCUCGCGACGGAGUAUAACAAGGUCACAGGCGCGAAGAGCGACAAGCGCAAAGACUGAAAAGGAAAACGAGUACGUAUGAUCGAGAGCCGAGACGUGGUCGCGGUUAUUGUUUGCCCGUUCCAGGGUCGACGUUGUACGUGAACCCCAGAUCGGCGCGUUGUAUAUACCAACUCAGUUAUGCGAACGAACGAACACGCAAUUUCUUGUAC